AUGACGAAAAACAAAGAGUCACCGGAAUCGCCUCUCUCGCAGUACUUCCAUUGGCGUCACGUGGCUCCUCACAGCUAUGAGUUAGGCUGGGACGUGGACAAACUGGCCUCACUUGCCGCCAAUCGGAUUGAUGUACUCAUGGUGGUCGCCGUGACAUUUGACUCUCCAACAAAUCGUACCGCCAACUUCUCACAGGGAGCGGUAGUUAUGGAGAAGGUACGGCCUAGCACACUGUACGUUGCUAGGCUGGAUGCACUGAAGGACAAGACCAAAGUGUGA